CGUCGUCAAAACGCACCGUUUUUGAGAUCGCAGUUUCGCAGAGGAACAGAGAACUUCAAUGGCGGAGAAACCCCAGCCAGUUCGAGUACUCUACUGUCAGGUUUGCAGUUUACCAGCGGAGUACUGUGAAUUUGGAUCCGAUUUCGAGAAAUGCAAGCCCUGGUUGAUCCAAAACGCGCCUGAUCUCUACCCCGAUCUCCUUAAAGAGGCUGAUUCAAAGGAAGCUGAUAAAGUUGCUCAGCAAUUACAGUCGACUGCUCUUUCUUCUGGUUCCGCCGAUGGAUCGGCUCCUUCUGGUGGUGCUUCAGCAUCUAAGCAAGAAGAUGUAAAACGUCUUCCUGGUGGGAAGAUAAAAAGGAAAGAGAAGCAAGAAGUUGUUAUUGAGAAGAUUGUACGUAAUAAGCGAAAAUGUAUCACCACUGUGAAGGGGCUGGAACUCUUUGGUAUUAAACUUAGUGAUGCUUCAAAGAAGCUUGGGAAAAAGUUCGCUACAGGAGCAUCUGUUGUCAAGGGUCCAACUGAGAAGGAGCAAAUUGAUGUCCAAGGAGACAUAGCCUAUGACAUUGUGGAGUUUAUUACAGAAACAUGGCCUGAUGUCCCCGAAACUGCAAUUUUCUUCAUUGAAGAUGGGAGAAAGGUGGCAGCCGCCUGAUUCUGGAAUCUUGGCACGUCAAGAAAAUGGAGCAUGCCGUGUUCGAGUUGGAGUGACUCACCAAACUUACUACGUUUUCAACGUAAUGGCUGCUUGACCACUCGCCAAGGUUUACCAGAAUGGCAUGGCCCCAAGUGCCAAUCCUUUUUCCCUUUCUUCCACAUCUUUCAUUACAGAAAUGGUACUAUCUUUUUGAAAUGUAUGCUUAGAAAAGUAAUGGACAUGUCGUAUAGAGGCAGGAGUGUGGUUUUUUCUGGUUUGUUUGCAUGAACCAAAUCCAGAGCUGGUGAAGGAAAUCCUUGAGGCUUUUUCCAAGUACAUUGUGUAUACCAGCUGUGGCCACAGAAUAAUAUUCUCUAGGAUCCUUUUAGGAAAAGUCACUUGUACCAGAGUGGAAAGUGACAACCACCACGGUGAGUUCUCUUUUUUCAAAUUUAACCAUACCAUUUUCUUAUUCUACAAGUUGGUAUGCAUUCAUGCAAAGGAAAUUGCAUUUUCCACUAA